UAUUCUAAUUAUAAGUCCAAAACAAGAAAAUAAAUGAAAACAAAAGUCCGUAAUAGUUAAAUAUGGCAUACAAUAUCUCAAAUAUUUGAUUUCAGCUAUAUAAAAGAGAAUUUGAGGUUUUGUCCGACAUUUGUUCUAGAUCGAACCACUGUGCAUUGGCCAAACCACCCCGACUACCCCUACAACAAUCUGAUUCCGACUACAGACAUGGUAAAAUCAAGCGCAUUUCUGGUCUGCUGAAAAUUGCCGGUGAGAGCGCUUAAGUUAACCCCCUAAAAUGGUAGUUUUUACCGCACAAUUUUUUUGCGUGUAGGAAUGAAUGGUUGGGGGGGUUGAACGAAGCCCGUCGCCGACCAUAUAUCUCCGGGCAACCUAACCUAAACGCAAACGGAGUCCAUAGUGUGGUAUCCUAGAUUUAGUGUGUAAGAAUGUUGGGACAGUAUGGAUUGGGACGGGCUGGAAAACAGUCGUAAUAAAGAGAGUGGUUGUUUUGAUAAUAUAAAUAUGUGUAGUAAUUAGUGGUCUCCAGAAUAUCACAUUGGCGAUCCUGCCUAUACAGCUCGCUGGAUUGAUAAUGCUAAUGAUUCCGAAGUGGCCAAAAACACGUGAUCAAACACCACAUCCCACCGGAAACAGUACUAUCGCACGCUCGAGUGGUUCCCCGCGCGAAGAUGGUUAUUCAACGAGUGUGGCGUUCCUCUGCCAACUCCAGCACCAGUGGCAAUACGACGGCAACAAAUAGCAACAGCGGCGCUCUUACUGCGUCAUCGUUGUCAGCAACAAGUUCCUCCGAAUUGGCGCCACAAAAUGUGCCGUCAGGCGAGAUUGACGGAUCACAGGUCGUGGUUCCGAAAAUGCAACGUCCCAAACUGAGUGGGGAGGCUAUGCUGGAGGUGAUGAAGAUGCGCUACUCUGGACGGUCACAUUCUUCUCAAUCCGCUGGGGAUGCGGCCUUAAAGUCGCUUGAGUUGCUGAGGGCCAACAUUCAAUAUUUGUUCGAUAAGGAGAUUGAGGUGGUAGUUAAAAAGUUUAGUUCGUUGUUCUUCAUACCGGCCAUCAAGAAUAUCAAGGAGAAUUUGGGUGAGAGUGCGAUAUCGGAUGAUACCUUGAAGACGCUUUAUUGUUCAUUGCUGGAGAAUAGCAAAAGUCAAUAUGUGGGUCAGAUAGCUUCCCCAGCAGAGAGUUCACUGUCAAGGGCAAACACACCAGGAAUGGAGCUAAGUGACUCUGAUUCGAGCAACGACAAUGUGGUACCAUCCGGAACAACUAGCCUUCUUCAACAGGCACUCAAACGAAAGCUUCCAGAACCAAAUCAACACGACGGGUUCAAACGGCAGUACUUUCUUCAAGGAUCUCUCUACUCUCAGAACCACUAUUCCAUCCUUCAAUCGCUGGGAAACGUUCAAGGCUCAUUACCAUAUCAGAUAAGACCGUCAGUAUUGAACCCCACCGUCUACACGACUACCAUCAGUCCCGAAACACUGUUCAUAAUGGAUUUCAAAGCCGGACGAGCCCUAGGAGUUCCGGACUUCCGCGAUCGAUUAGCCAACAAGCACCCGGAAAUCCUACGCUACUGUCCGGAUAAUCAAGACCGCGAUUGGCUCCUCCAGCAAAAGCAAAUAUCCCCACUGAACAGAAACGGCCGUUUCUUCCUACUCGUCCUGGAUGAAGUCAGAAAGCUAGCCGAACGCAACUCUGAAUAUUCCAACAACCCCUACAUGAAGCUCUCGGAUCUACAGGGCUUCAAACUAACGGAAUUCAUCUACGCCAAGGUUCAGAAGCUCAUCAAAGACAGUGCCGAUUCGAGUGUGAAACCAACAACCGCCACGCCCUCGGUGACAACAGCAACAACAGCAGUUCCUAAUUCUAUUCAACCGAGGCCACGGGUCUCGUCAUUGAGUUCCUCGCAUGCCACGCUGACGGCACUGCUGUCAUCACCGCAACAGUCUCAAGUGAACUGCAGUAACAGCAGUGGUACUAUCGCGACUAUUGCCGGCUCUUCCACCACCUCUGGUAUGGAUGCGAACACCGGUGGAACCGGAAGUGGCGACACGAAAACUUAAAACCGCAAUACCUAUUAUAUUGAUG